AUGGUUGUUGCUUCAUUGCCGGUUCUUUGCCUACAAAACAUUUUCAACCAUUUGAAAUAUAAUGAUUUCUAUUCUAGAAGAUCUUUGGUACUUCUUAACCGUUAUUGGUGCAUAUCUCUUAUCCCAGAAUUAUGGAGAAACCCAUUUUAUUUUUCAUUAAAGACUAGUAAUCAAGUUAAGCUAAUAAACACUUAUCUGAAAUGCCUACCUCCGAAUGUUAGAGAAGAUCUUGCUAUUCCCUGUUGUCUUAGACUACCCACUGCCUUCGAUUAUCCAUAUUUUUUGCAAGAAUUUGAGCCCGAUGGUAUUUAUAAGUUCAUCAAAAAUUGGGUUGCAGCAAAUACUCCUGGUAAUUAUGUGGAAGACAGGGUUAUUGUUUUAUUUGGAGCUUUGGUCGAGAACUUUAUUGCAAAUGCCAGUAAUAUCCAAGAAGUUGUUCUAUUUUGGGAUCAGCCAUUGAACAUGUUUAACUUCCCUAGUUCCAAAACCUCUUUGUCACAAAUCCAAAGAUUUAAAUGUUUUACCAUGUUUAAUGACAGCAUACAGCAAAUUUCCGACAUAUUCAAUUCAGCAUACCCAAUCUCUCAAAACAUUCACACUAUAGAUAUAUCCAUCUAUGACUAUAAAAUAACAGAUAAAUCACGGCAAUUAUUCGAAAACCUUUCGCAACUUAUUAGGCAUCAACGAUCUUUAAAAUCAAUAUCCAUUGAAUGUCGUGAGCCCGAUUUUUAUCCCCUUUGGAAGAGUAUCUUUCUGCACACGGACAGCAUAAGAGAAAUUGAGUUUUGUGACAUUGCUUUUAGUAAAAGAUUUCCUUUUCCUCUUCAAGUUCUGGGAUCUUUUAUUCAUUUGAAAAAUUUGUUUAUUUAUGAUUGCAAGAACCUCUCUUUCGGCCCUAGAAAAAUCAGUCCAAGCGCAUUUCAGAAGCUGUGUUCGUUUCAUAUCAACCAUUGCGAAGGAUUUCCCAUGGAAUUUGUUAAAUUCGUACUGAGUCAAUCGAAUAGUAAUUUGAAUGAUAUGAGAUAUAUCAAUAAGGAGGUAUCUGUAGAAUUUAUCGGCCUAUGUUCAACUUAUUGCACGAAUCUGACCUCUUUCAGAGCGAUGAUCAAAAAGGAUCAGAUUCCAUCAAUACUUAAUUUGUGCCAGCAGUGUAAGGGUCUUAAAGAUCUCAGCGUAUACGAUUCAUCUCCAUACCCAUACUCGGACAAACAAGUUGCUGACGAAGAUGGAAAUGAAUUUUUAGAAGAACUUGGGAAGGUCUUACCAAGAAAGUUGAACUGUUUUAGGUAUCAAUUGAAUUGGAGCUUUUCUCCGGAAACAUUGGAAUCUUUCUUGACCAAUUGCGCAGCUAGAGAACUUCGGAUCUUGGAUUUAGAUUCCUUCAAAGAAUUUAAAGAUGAGCACUUAGAAAUUAUAAUUAAAUAUUGUUCUGGUUCUUUAGAAUAUCUGAGACUUUGUGAUAGGGAAAACGUUAGUCCACAGUGCUUGCAUAGGGCGAGAGGUGUAAUUGAAGAAAUUGAAUUCCAGAAUUUAGCUUGA